CGUCUUCGAAUGCUUUUAAAAAACGGAAAUCGUCUGCUCUUUUACAUCAUUUAAAUUUAUGAGCUAAAAGCAAAAACAAGUGACGUACUUCCUACUUAAAUUUCCUUUCUUCUCAAAGUGAAUACCACUCCAAAAAAAAAGAAUGUAAAUUCUUCACGGAGAACAAUAGUUUCCUUAUCUGUCUUUUUGUUUGACUCACACCUUCGAAGAUUGCAUUGACGCGCUUGCGGCUAACUUUAACUUUAAUCAUUCAAUAAAUGUAAACAAUAGUGCUCUUGAGAGUAUUGGUAAAUGGAAACUUAUCUUUGAUUUUUUUUAUCGGUACAACACUUGACAAAUGAAACUUUUAGACUAUUCUCAGUUUCGUAAACCUCUUUGAUCGUACCAGAAAAAAGUUCUGUGAAUAUGUAUCCGCAAUUUGUGACUUUGUUGUUAAUAUUUUGUACCGUUCAUGGUUCGAUUUUAAAUUUUUUACAAACCCCAAAACAUGAUGGGGUAAAAAGAGUGUGCCAUUUAACAGCAGAAAAUUUCACUAACAUCGUCGGCGCGGCUGAUACUGCUGUUGUUAUUGUGAAGGAUUUAGCAGUACCGAAGACUACAUGUCCUACUGAAACAGAAAGUUUUGCUGAGAUAACAGCACAAGUACUAAGAAAGAAAAACAGUAUUGUUUGUGAAGCAUCAGUUGAGGUUGUUUCACCUAGCCAAAGUCCUGAUGUAUCUGCUCAUCAAGCAAAACCAGGUGAUGUGCUCAUUUAUAAGAAAGGCAAAGGAGUUCCAUAUUUUGGAAAACGUUCUACAAGAGCUUUGUUAAAUCAUCUUUUUAAAGUCAAUGGAACUCAAGUUAAUAUUAUUACUGGAAAAAUUGAAAAAGUUGCUUUUGAUGCUGUAGAAAAUGUCAAAUUAGUUGGAUUCUUCAUGCAAGGCACAGCUGACUAUUUGGCAUUUGAAGAAGCAGCAGCACGCCUCAGCCCUUCUGUUACUUUUUAUGCUGCAUUUGACAGAGUGGUUGCAAAACACCUCAAAUUAACAACAGUUGGGGAAAUUCAAUUAAUCAAACCAUUUAGUAAAACACCAAUCCCAUGUCCACAAAAUCCUGCAUCUGCCGCUGAUAUAGAAGCUUUGGUAAAUACCAAUGAAGGCUCCAUUUUAUCCAAGAUUAAUGAACAUAAUCUUUAUGAUCCUAAACUGUUAGACCCAAACAGAUAUUUAGUCCUAGCUGUUGGAGAAGAAGCAUCUGGUUUAGGCCGUUAUUUCUUCCAUUUGGUUACUAAAUUAGUACGAAAUAAUACGAACAAUACUGAAUUUGAAAAAUUAAAUAUAGUGUGGGUGGAACCUCAAAUAUUUCCAAUUAUUCAUCUGGUUAUGGAUGAGUUAGAGACAACUUUAGGGAUUCCAAACAAGCUGCCAGCUUUUGGAGCUUUAAAUAUUACUACACUUAAAAGUUCGUGGUUGGAUACUUCUUUACUCAAUUGCACAAGUGAUAAAACUACUGAUGCCCAGAAUCUGCUAGUUUUGCAAGAGUUUUUGACAGGAGUUGUUACCAAUACUCUCGUACCUGUUAAAAUAGGUAGUCAAGCAUUUGUUCAGACUCCAGUCUCUCAAACUUUAGAAGAAAACUCAGCUGUCACAUUGGAAUGCGUUGUGGAGAAUCCUAUUGGUGACUGCUUGUGGAUAAAGGAUGGCAGAAAUAUUGGAUAUAACUUGGAUAGAUACCAACAUUACAGCUGGAGAGGAAACCACCUCAAUGGAGAUUGCAGCCUGCAUAUUUCUUCCGUUCAGCUUGCGAGAGAUAGCGGAGAAUGGGUUUGUGAAAUGACUGGAGAUGCCGACAGUCCUACGUUGACGUCUCCACCUGCAAAGCUCUUAGUCACCGCUGCUCCAACUGGAAGUGCAACUGAAAAUGUGAAAAUUGAACUGUGAUGUUAAUAAAUGCAAUUUCUAUGUAAAUAUUUCUGUACAUAUAAUUUCUAAUUGAACCAUUGAUUAUGAGCAAGAAUAAAGAUCAAAUUGGACUAA